UGUGUCUUUAUAGCACUGAACUUUAAGUUAUAUUUCAACAUGUGUUCAAGAGAUUCUACUGUGAUGUAUGAGUUGCAAAAAGUUCAAGAUGUAAUACAACACAUUAAUCACCGAAUUGGUGUACUACAAAAAAAGCUUGCACAAAAAUUAGAGAUUGAGAAUCGAGAGUCAUUAGAAAUAGAGUUAGAAGAUGCCAAAAAAGUAUUAAAGAAAAAUGAAGAACUAUUGAAGAAAUUGCGCAAAGAUAACACCAAAACUUUUAUAAUUGUUGCUUGUAUAAUAUUUGCAUUAUUCUUAAUAUUUGGCUUGUAUAACAUAAUUUUUAAUCCAUACUAACGGCAUUUUUAU